GCCUGGACCUCAAGGGCUUUUGGGAAAACAUGCCUUUAGCCAUGGGUAGCCUCAUAUGGAAGGCUCGCAGCCAUGGGACCUUUGGAGAAGGCUGUGAGUGUGUGUCCUAGGAAGGGGGUGACCCAGGCCGCAAGGUAUCCUGGGAAAGAAGGACCCUGGUUUGUGGGGAUGAGUAUCAUGGGAAAAGGGGCCUCCACGGCUGUGAGACCCCCUCCCGCUCACUCCCACCCUUCUUUCAAGCCAUGCCCAUGACCCGCCCGCGCCUCGUUGUCCCCCGCUUCUCGGAGGUGGAAACGUCGUGGCCCGUUGACUGCACCCUGGAUGGGCUGUUCCCAGCAUCAGAGGCCCAGGUGCAACUGGCGCUUGGGGACCAGAUGCUGAAUGCCACAGUCGUGAGCCACGGUGGUGACACACUCAGGGCCACAGCCACAGCGAAAGCAGAGCAGGAGAGCACUCAGGAGAUUGUCUGCAACGUGACCUUGGGGGGCGAGAGCCGCGAGACCCGGGAGAACGUGAAGGCCUACAGUAAGAGGGGGCGGAGCCAAAAUAGCUCAGGAGGCAAAGGGCGGGGCCUCCAUAGCCCAAGGGGGCGUGUCAUUGGGCGGAGACUAAACCGUAGGAGCGGGACCUAAGUGACCCGAGAAGAGCCUGAGCGCCCCAAACUGGGCGGGGGCUGCAGAGUAGAUGAAGGCGUAGCCUGGAUACCCCGAGGGGAAGGAGGCGGGUGGGGGCGGGGCUUGACCCAAGGGAGGUGUGUGGUCAUCAAACUCCUGGGCAAUGCUCCGCCUUUAGGCUUCCAGGGGC